CAAUUUUCUUUUAAUAAACCCUCAAUUUCCUUCAUCUAUUGAUUGUAUUUUAUAUAUACUUAUUCCAUUAUGAAAUACUUGUCAUUAAAUGGAGUAAUUAGUAUCUUCCCUUUGAUAGCUUCUGUGUGGGCCCAAUCGCCCAUUACCACUAACAAACAGCUUUCAGCUACAAAUUAUGUCACUUGUGGCGGAAUUAAAUACGAGGACAAUUCGUGGUACAACCCAAUGGUCCGAGCCACUUUGAAAGCUAUCGAGACCCAAUCUGAAGAAGAACGGGACGAAGAAGACUCUGCUGAACUCCCCUUGUUCAUUUUCCAUUACACUGACAUCCUCAAAUUGGAUGGUUUGCCAUCAAUAGAAGAACUCACAGACCCAACCCAACCUUUGGAUGGAGUUGUUGAUUACGAGAACCUCAAAUUUAAUGUGGAAGUCAAUCCAGAGUUCAAGGAUGAUGACACAAUUCGUUUCCUCAAUACCGGGUUCACCACCGUUGGGGAUGUUGUGGAGUUUAACGUUACUCAAUCAGGGAUCUAUUGUAUGUACGUUGCACCCCAUGGUAAUGUUGAAGAGUUGCACGUUGACGUUCAAUUCCAAAGUUCCUAUGGUUACAUCCCUUAUGCCCUGUACAUCAAACAUGUUCAAUCCAAGUACUAUGUCAUUCUUGGCUCCAUAAUCAUUGCUUAUUUGCUCAAUUAUAUCAUCAAAUUCAAAGUUGGGUCCGAUUUUAAGGAUUUAAACUCGGUUUCUAUCAUCACCAAAGUGGUUAUCUUUUAUAUUCUUGCCCCACUGGUGCUUAUUUCCUUGGCUAGAUAUGUCUUGUACUUUGUGUUUCUGCUGUUCCCCACAGUAAGUUUAGUAUAUGAUGAUGUUUUCAAUUGGCUCACCGCAUGCUUUGCCAUUGUUUGUCGUUGGUUUACCUUGUUGUUUUCUAUGGGGUAUGGGGUCAUUUACUACCGUAGCAGUUAUCUUGGCCCCGCUGACAGCUCUUACAAAGAACUUCCAACUAACCUUUGGUCUAGAGCAUACAUCCUUCUUCUUGCAGAUUUGACUUCAACAACCAUCUUUGCCCUCACGAAUCUGCUUAUAAACAGCAGCUACGAUGGUGACCUUUUGUUUGGCUCCCUUAACACCAUUUUCAGUGUGAUCACCAGCUUGUUUCUGCUUGUUUGGCUCAUCCAUUCAAUCAUUAGUUAUCGUGCCACCAAGACUCUUAUUGAGAAAUUCCCACCUUUCAGUCUGGUGGAAUCAAACUCUGAACUUCUUAAAUCUUUUAGACGCUCCAUCCUCAUUAUUUUCGUCCUUCCAGCGGUCUUUGGAGUAAUUUUAGGAGUCAUUUUAGGGGUCAAAUCUGCCGCACAAAUGUCUCCUCCAGAAGAUUUACCCUUGGACAGUUUCCAUCAAGAAAUCGCCUCGUUAAAGAUCUUUGAAUCGAUGUAUUUCAGCGCUGGCCAAUUAACCAUUGCCGCUUGGAUUGGUGAUAUUUUCGUCUUGUCCACAGUUGGUGCUCUUUUCUUUAUCUGGAUCAAGAAUAACUAUGGGGUUUGUAGAGGUAAAGAAGCCGAUGACUUCAUCAUUGACGAUGAAUAAUUUUUAAUUUACAUAUCUAAAAUUGAAUAGCAACUUCCCAC